GACGUAGAACGGGAUCGUCGUCAACGUCUCGCCUCCCCGUGCGCGCGGUCGAAAUCGCGCGUCACGCACGCACGGCGGCGUCGCACCGUCGACGCCGUCGUCGUCGUUGGUAGUGAUCGACUUGGACGAAUGGACACCGGCGAGGAUUGUCAUCGAUCGCCAGGGAAAACGGUAUCGCAGGUGUUUGGCGAGCGACCGAUCGACCAGGCUAACCAAUGUACGACAACGUCUGUCGUACAUUGAGAAAAAGAUUGUGAUAAGGAAACUAUACGAGACGAGUUCUGACAGAGGACGAGGCUAUCGGCCAAAAUUCGACAUGCCGGAGAAACGAUGACGUGCGCGUUUCACGCGCGAGUAAACCUGCCGCCGGAAAUCCGUAAAGUCGAGCGAUCGCGGGUGGUGUUCCUCACACUACACAUCUGAAGUCCAAUUCAUCCGCGAAGAUCCCCCCGAGCGAUCUAAUCGAUCGUAAUGUAAAAUCGAUCGUGCUCGGGGGGAACAGAAGAGAGGAAUGUAUCCGGCGGGCUUCUUCAACGAAAGGCGUCUCCGGAAAAGAUAAACUCUUUCUCGGGACUAUCAGCGGCAAUCUCAGAGUAGCACGGAUCGAGAUUAUCCCGUUCUCAAUCUUCGAGAUUAUCCCGACUGAUAACGAAUAGCAGUGGUACUCUCCCUCUCCAUCUCUCUUUCUCUCUUACAGCAGUUAUCAUAUAUAUCAUCGAUCUCGAUGCACGAGAUCUCUCUGGCGAGCCUAACGAAGCGGAAAGAAUUCUAAUUCUAGAAAGAGAGGAGGAGAAUAAUUAAUUUCAGCAACGCUAAUUAGCCGCUAUUCGAUGCUAUUUGCGAAGAACGGAAGAAGUUGCGAUUAGGAUCGGCCUUAUCGGACGACAAUAAGAACAGGAUAAUGCAGAAGAUAGCGGUGAUGACCGCAGUGCAGAAGGCUCAUGGCUUUCAUAACGGUAGCAAUGUUUAUGGGGAUGCGAGUAACGCCCUGCCGGAUUAUAACGAUUCAUCGUCGACCAGCAAAAGCGGUCAUUUCGACACAGAUCUGCACGGCAACGUUAACAUUCUUCUUGGUGGCGCCAUGAUCAGCGGCGUGAUCAUGAUGGUGGUGCUCAUAUGCUACUGCUGUCACAAGAACGCCCGGAAGCAUCGACCGCAAGAGUACUCGCAGUACUGGAGGACCGAACCAGACAUUCAUAGUCUAGAAGUCUUCACCAUGGAUACACAUGCCAUGUGUCUCGAGAGAUCGACGGGAACUCAGGAAGAGGGAGUGCCCGCCUCUCUUCCGCCGUGUCCCGUGACCUCGGGCCCACCGCCGACUUACGAGAGCCUCAUCUUCGACCCUCGGGCACUGCCCUCGCCGACCGACAAGAAAGACGAAUCUGACGAUCCCGGUAGCAUUAUCUCGCCCCCGGUGAACAGCUUACCCAGCGAAUCGGAGGCCAACAGGAUCAACAAGGGAGAAGAUGUCCCGAGGGACGAUCAGGGUUUGCCUUCCUACGAGGCCGCCCUAAAAUUAGAAGCUGACGGCUACGUUUAAGGACCGGAUAAAGAUCGGAAACUGCUUCGAACUGCGGAUCACGAGUCGUGAAAACUUUCGCCGCCGAGUCAUGGAUUUCAAGAUGAAAUACCAUGAUCGACACAUAGGCGACUCUGAUUGGCCGUGAAUGACGGUUGUCGGCAGCUGAAGUUAAUAUCGACGCGAGAACAUCUCGUAAAAGUUGCCAUUCCGAACAGCACAGAUAGCUGAGAUUAGAUUCUUAAUAAAAAAAAAAAAAAUCAAAGACAAAAGAGCUGAAAUAGUUGAGCUUAUUUUCCAGCUCCAAUUUUUCAUUCAAAAAUAAGAUGCAAGAGAAAUUUUGAGCUCUUUUUCGGAAAAUGUUGAGAGAAGUUCUCUCAAGAAUCUUUAUGCUUUUGAUUUAAAAUUUAUAAAAAUACAGAAUGAUUUCAAUCAAAGAGAUAAGAAAAGAAAGAAAAAUAAGUAGAUUUAUUUUUGGAAUCUAGUUAUAAACGGAACAUACAUAUAUAUAGAGGAAAUUUUAUAUUGAGAACAUUCUAAAAAAGAAUUGAUAAAUUUUUUCUCGUUUGUUGAAGGAUUUUCCAAUAAUCUUAACUAGUAAAAUGACAAAUUGCAAACGAUAAGUGCCUGGAUUCGUUCUUUUUCCGAACGUUCAUAAAUGAAAGAUAAAAUAAAAAAAAGCAUUGAAAUAAUUUUUCAAAAAAAAUACAUACUGUUUAUUUUUUUCUUUAAGCGAAAUGUAAAUCGCAUAAAAUCUUCGAGUGAUUUUCGAUCGAUAAAAUAAGAGAAAAUUUUCGUAAAAUGCAAUAUCUCAACUUUUCUAUUUUUUGAUGAUCUCUAUGAUUACAUGCAUCGAUAAUAUUUUAAAUGUAGAGGCUGUGUGUCGUAAGAAUAUACAUAUAUUCAAUUUUAAAUAUAGAAUACGCCGGAAAAGAAUAUAGAUAAGCGCGCAAAAUAUAAGUCACAGUAUAUGUAUAUGAAAACGGUACGUAUAUAAAUUAUGUAGUCAGGCAGCGAAGGGAAAGACCUAAUUUCACAGGUAAUUACAUUUUAUAUAGGUACUAAGGAGAGAGAGAGAGAGAGAGAGAGAGAGAGAGAGAGAAGAAUUCUUAACGGCAUAUUUUUCCUGUCGGUCAUUAGUUUAAGAGAGCAAGAGAGAACGUAUACAUAAACACGGCACCGUUAGCUUAGUGUUUCCGUAUGAAUAAACAAUACGCAUCGCGAUAACGUAAAUGAUAUUUUGCAAAAUGGUGUAUGGCAUAUCGCCUAGUUUAUUUGCAUUUCUCUGGGAGACUGUUUCAAAGCCGUAUCAUUUCACACAUAAUUUUUCUCUGUAUGAUAGGUGAAUAUGUGAAUAAAGGGCUGCGCAUUAUGUACAUUCGAUAUGUAUUUUCAAGCGUGCUGCGGCACAACAAUCGCAAAGAUGAUUUAUUAUUAUGUCGACAACACGAAUAUUAUGCACUGAGUAUCAUCGAUAAAAUUGUGCCCGAUGACGAACAAAAUUAUGCCGAUUCGAUUCAUUUACAUUAAUAUAAGAUUAUUGCGCGCUCAGCAAAUUUGCAAAUAAGAAUUUUUUGAAUUUCUGUCGCUUAAUUACAACUGCAACAAUAAUAUUGAUCGACAAAAUAAAAUCUUUUUUUUGCCUUAGAUUUUACCAAGACAUUUCUAGUAGAUUUUUUACCGCUGAUUACGAAUCUGGCUAAUAAUAAAAAUGCCGUGUCACAUUAACUUUUUGAGAAAACUUUAGUCAAAAUUGCUAAAAUAGGCAUUUUUAAUACUUUUGCGUGAAUUAUAUUUUUUGAUGGGGAGACGUACAGACAGCAGCGACCAGAAAUAAUUUGAUAAAACUUGCAAAAAAUGUCUUAUUUUUUCGAUCAGUGUAAUUAACGCAACGUGCCGUUAAAGGACGGCGAUAUAAUCUUGUGUAAAUAAUAAUAAUCUUGCUAUAUUUCUCUCGCCUUGUAUAUAUUUAAACAGUCGAACCGUGAGAUUAUUUCAUUACUUUAUUGCAACAGCAAUUAGCCGCAGACAGAUUCCCAAAAGAGAACAAGAGUGAUAACCUUGAUAUCUGAGGAAAAAAAAGUGUUUGCUUGAAAAGGCACUUUAUCGAACGAAAUGCGUGUUUUACCGAACUGGCUGCGAUAAAAUAUGAUGCUUUUGCUAAGAGCUAUCUUAUUUAAGGAACGCGAUAUAGCAACGCGAAAGUUAUGCAGUAAAAGCCUUAAUUGAGUGGUUGAGUGAUCCAUUAGCGUUAACUAUUAUUCAUUAAAUCUUUUUUCUAUGUCAGCGAUAUUAUUUAUGUAUAUUACUAUUAAAAGUACAUGGUCUAAAGAGGAACGAUCGUAAAAGACUCCAAUCGUUGUGUUAAUCGUUCGAAGUUGUCGAUGUAAUUUUAAAAUAAUAGCCUGUUGCAUUUUACAAAAUAUGUUAAUAUAAAGAAUGAGAAUCCCGGGAAUCCACUUGUUUCCAAUCUCUUGUAGAUUGCAAAAUUAAUGAGUGUCAAACCUAUCUUGACAUUUUUGUCAAAAGAAAAUCAUAAUGCAUCUCAAUUGAAAAAUCUGUCGUUAAAAAUUAAUGCUAGAGAAAAGUAGGACAUCUUAUAUACAUCAUAACAUGUUUAUAUGAUGUCAUCUCUCGAUUGUAGGAAAUUGACUGAUGUGAUUGCGAUAAGGAAAUAACACAAUGCAUCAUAUAUGCAUAUCCGACGAUAAAUACGGGUAAAAUACCGCGAUAUCGACGAAGCAUCGCAAACUAUAAUUCAACAAUGAUUGCACUGUGUCAAUGAAGAUAAAUCUAAGAGCGUAGUUACGUGCACGCUAUCACAUGAUCGGUGUGAUUCAUUAGGCGCACGCGUGCAGAGAGAACGACGGAUACAAACGCGCAAAGUUACAAAUACACAUAUGCUCGAAUAGAAACAGUUCUCAUUUUAUCAAAAUAAAACAAAGCUUGACACAUUUCUUUCUUAAAUGAUUAAGGAACUCAAAUUUUUCAUAUAGAACUCUAAAUAAAACACAGCAUUAACUUGUU